AAGAAAAUUGCUGCGCUUGUGCUUACCACGUCAUUACGCUAAGAGCAGCCGCAGUUGCAAACCCGGACGUAACCAACGCCUAGUUGCCGGAGAGGAACGAUGCAGACCAUAAAGUGUGUAGUCGUGGGGGAUGGUGCAGUCGGGAAGACAUGCCUACUGAUCUCCUACACCACCAACAAGUUCCCAUCUGAAUAUGUCCCCACGGUGUUUGAUAACUAUGCGGUGACUGUGAUGAUCGGAGGGGAGCCGUACACUCUGGGACUCUUCGACACAGCAGGUCAGGAGGACUACGACAGACUGCGGCCCCUCAGUUAUCCCCAGACUGACGUCUUCCUUGUCUGUUUCUCUGUCGUCUCUCCCUCCUCUUUUGAGAACGUCAGGGAAAAAUGGGUGCCAGAGAUCUCUCACCACUGCCCCCGCACGCCCUUCCUACUGGUGGGCACUCAGAUGGACCUGCGAGACGACAGCAACACUGUGGAGAAGCUGGCCAAGAACAAGCAGCGUCCCAUAUCACCUGAGGGCGGCGACAAGCUGGCGCGGGAGCUCAGGGCCGUCAAAUACGUGGAGUGCUCUGCCCUUACGCAGAGGGGGCUGAAGAACGUGUUUGACGAGGCCAUCCUGGCAGCCCUGGAGCCCCCUGAGACCAAACCCAAGAAGCGCUGCAUGCUGCUAUAAGGGAGGACCUUGGGAGAGACUGACCGGAGGAAGAGAUCAGAGAGAGAGAGAGAGAGAGAGAGAGAGAGAGAGAGAGAGAGAGAGAGAGAGAGAGAGAGAGAGAGAGAGAGAGAGAGAGAGAGAGAGAGAGAGAGAGAGAGAGAGAGAGAGAAGAGAGAGAGAGAGAGAGAGAGAGAGAGAGAGAGAGGAGAGAGAGAGAGAGAGAGAGAGAGAGAGCCAAAUGGGGUGGGAUAUAUAAACCAGGGGGAGGGACACAAAUGUGGGGGUGGGCGUUGAACUAAAUGUUUGCUGAAACUGGGAGACGAAGCUGACGAGAGGAGAGGGGGAGAGAGAGAGUUUGUACUAGAACUCACUUAUAUGAUACUGUACUGUGCCUUCUUUGCAGUCUGUCCACCGCGAGUGACAAAAAAGGAAUGGAAAGAGUGAUGAAGGGGUAAAUGACUGAUGAGGGUCUCAGACAGGCGCCUCAAACGAGGGAAUUCUCCAUUUUCACAUUUGCUCAUGGAAACUGUAAACAAAAGGAAAACAAAAAAAAACUAAAACGCACGGCUUCCUUGUAAACUGUGUAAACCAUUUAUUUUUAUUUUUUAAUCGCUUAGGUAUUUAAGCACUGUGAAUACCUAGUUCUCAGCAAAUCAUGUUAAGAAAUACUUUUGCACAUGUAGUCAGAUUUUUAUAGUUGACCUACAAAGAGUUUCCUUGAUCUAGAGUAAAUGGAAUUAUGUUGCCCAAUUAGGUUGUUGGCUGUUUUUAACGUUUGCCAGUAAUAACCCUAAGCUGUUUAAUAGUGGUUUAUACAGAGCUCAUGAGCAAGCCAAAGCCAAAAGCGGGGUGUUCAUCAGUGAGUUUGUAAACAUUGCAUGGACUCAGCUGUGUAGCAGAGGUCAGAGGUCGUCUCAGGCCAGUGCUAAAGCCUUUCAUCCUCCACCUUCCAGUCGCCUUCAUAGAGCAGCAGACAUCCAUUAAAUCCUUCCAGUCAACAUGUAUGUCUGGCAAGGGAACAUCAGUCUCUCACCACCACAUACAACAGUAGCGACUGUUAAAACCAACAGAGUCGUUGUUUUCCUUCACAAAAUAACUUUUAUUAAGGAACAGUUAUUUACUGUAUGAAGCCAAUGACUUCUGCUGGGUAGUCAUUUCACUCAAGUCAUAUAUGGUUUGAAUGGGAGAGGAUGUGAUGCUUUUGCACCCAGUCUGUUAUGAUAGGUGUGCGCUACACAGCCGAGCCCCUGGCGUGUUUAUGAGGAUCGAAGGAUCCCUGUUGUUGUUGUGGACCAACCCCUUGCAAACAAACACAAAGUUGCCUAAAGAAGUCGUCUUCUGCUGGCUCUGAAGACAAGGUGUGGGGAAGGUGUGAUGCUUAAACUUGCCUGUCAGAGUCAUCCCAGCUAGCAGCGACCCGUGACGCAGAUCCGACACAAAAUCGCACCAAAUCUGGUCUUGUUUUGCCACAGAUCUGGACCAAACACAACCCCGCGCCUGAUUCAUUCCAGGGGUGACUGCUGUCUGGGAUUUCUCAGGACCCUAGAGGUCACUCAUGAGGUCAGGGGUCAUAGUGUUAAUAUGCCAGUCCCCUGUCCCAUCAGCACAUCACAAGCCAAUUCAGAGAAUUCAAUUCAUAGUAUAUGUUUUUUUUUUUUUUUUUUGAAUUUUUAUGUUUUGGUUUUAUGACUUUUUCCAUUUUUGGUGGGCACUUUUUCUUUUUUUGUUUCUUUUUUCUUUCUAAAGCGGUGGACCAGUUUUGAAACUUGAGUUUUUUUUUAAUGGAUUUUAUUUGUAUUCUUUUGUUAGGAUUUCAUCUUGAUUUAUUAAUAUAACAAUUAAAAAAUAUAAUAUUUUGAAUAAUGUUGGCAAUUAAAUCAAUAAUCAUGGACAAUUUCGAAAGUAAAUUUUGUGGGUGGUUGUAAUCACAUUAUAUUUGUAAUAAAACUGCUUUAACUGAA